GAAGAAGAAGAAACAAGAAGCGGCAUUUAAUACUGCAACAACAACGACUACUACUACUACUGUUACUGCUCGCAGACAGUAAUGUCUGGUUUCAGCGCUGAGCUCAUAGAAUACCUGGAGGGGAGGAUAACAUUUGAGGAGUUUGACAAGCGGAGAGACGAGCGGAAAGCCAAGGAGACAGAGACAUGUGCUGAAGGUGUGGAGGAUGAUGCUCAGCCUUCUACCUCUGCACAGAUCCCGGGGAGCAUCGAAGAGGGAAUCAGCCCGGGGGUUCAGCUGGCCUUCGCCUCAAUGCUGGGAGAACGGCCCGAAUCACCAUCUUCAGAAGAGGAGGAGGAAGAAGACGGCUUGAGCUACGUGGAUGAUGAAGAUGAUGAGGAUUACAAGGUGGAGGGAGGGGAGGACCGGAAGGUGGAGGUGGAAGUGGAGGAGGAGGAGACGGGGAAGAGGCAGAGACGAAGGGGGAAAGGAGGAAGAGGAGCGAGCAGCAGGAAGAAGAGAGAGUUGGACGAUAAGGAGGAUGUGACUGUUGGGGACGUGUUCGCACUGGAGAUGGAACUGAACCGAGAAAACAAGAAGAUGAUGAAGGAGCGGCGUAAUCGCAGCAAGCUGCCCAGAGCUCUGAGAGGCUUGAUGGGUGAAGCCAACAUCCGCUACGCCAGAGGAGAGAAAGAGGACGCCAUCUUGAUGUGUAUGGAGAUCAUAAGGCAGGCUCCUCUGGCCUUUGAGCCUUUCUCCACAUUGGCUAUGAUCUACGAGGAUGAGGAAGACAUGGACAAAGCGCUGCAGUUUGGUUUGAUCGCUGCCCACCUCAACCCCUCAGACUGUGAGGAGUGGAUCAGACUGGCAGACAUGUCUCUGGAGCAGGACAACAUACGGCAGGCUAUUGUCUGCUAUUCAAAGGCCAUCAAGUACGACCCCACCAAUGUGCGCUACGUGUGGGAGCGCUCCAGCCUCCACAUGCGUCUUGGCGAGCACAAACAGUGUAUGGACGGCUACCGCAAGAUCCUGUCGCUGCUGCCGCUGGAGGACGGAGAACACUUCAUGCAGCUCUCCAAGGACAUGGCUAAGAGUUACUAUGAGAGUAAUGACCUGCCGUCAGCUUUGGGUAUAGUGAAGGAAGCUCUGGCGCGACACCCCAGCCUGGUCAGCGAUGACUUCAUCAACAUGGCAGCUGAGCUCUUUAUCGCCAACCGCCAGUAUAAUAAGACCCUGCAGGUCUUGGUCCAGUUUGCAGCUAUAGUUCUGGUCAGGAAUGAUUCAGAUGAAUCAGAAGUUGCGUUACCAGGACAAGAUGAGAACGUUGCAGAAAAGACAUCAGAGGAAGCAGACAAGAAGAGUGAAGAAGAAACAGCUGCAGAAGACAACAGUAAUAUUACGGAUGUACAAGUACCAGACAGUGUCCCAGUGGACCUGAGGGCGAAGCUAAUUGUCUGCCUCAUACACCUGCAUGUCAACAAGCCCCUGGAGGGACUAGUGUCGUUGUUGAUGGAGCAGAAUCCAGAGGAGAUUGGAGACUUGUACCUGGAUGUAGGUGAAGCUUACCUAGAGGAGGGCGAGUACAUGUCAGCUCUACCUCUGCUAUCUGCCCUCGUCAUAUCUGAGAAGUACAACCUGGCCGUCGUCUGGCUCCGUCACGCAGAAUGUCUGAAGGCACUGGGCCACAUGGAGGCAGCAGCAGAGAGCUACACCAAGGUGGUGGAUAUGGCUCCACAGCACCUGGAGGCUCGGCUCUCUCUGGCAACCCUGCAGCAGCAGCUCGGCCGUCCAAAGUGUGCUCUCAAGGCCCUGGAGUCCAUGUAUGACAGUGACACUCUAGCACAGGACUCGUCAGCCGCACAAAAGGAGUUAAAGCUGCUUCUGCAUCGUUCCACACUGCUGAAAACUCAGGGACAAACGCAGGACUACCUGGAUGCUACGAUCACUAUGAUCUCCAUGCUGCUUAAGGUGGCCAUGCAGCGAGCGAAGGUGUGUGUCCGUUCUAUGACCGUGUCAGGCGAGAGUCACCUCAGACUGGUGAAAGCCAAAGACAUGCUGCCGGAGAUUGAUGACCAUGAAGCUGCCUAUCUGGACAACACUGGUAAAACCAACGUUUUGUCCAAAGAAGACUGGUGGCAGCUGCUAGUGAGCUGUGUGCUGACACUGUGUGAGGUGAAGCGUUAUGAGGAGUCCGAGCUGCUGGUAGAGUCGGCCAUGGAGUUCUACUCCUUCUACGACAACAAGCCUAGGAGGAAGGAGAUGGAGUUCUUCGGGCUGUCUGCCACUAUCCUCGACCACAACUACUACAAGGCCUACAACUACAUCAGAUUGAUGCUGAUGGAAAAUGUCAAUCUCAAUCAACUUUGGAAUAUUUUUAACCAGCUGACAAUAACCUCCCAGCACCAGCGUCACCAUCGCUUCUGUCUCCGUCUCCUGUUGAAACAUCCAGACAACCAUGCCUUGUGCGUGCUGUGCGGACACAAUGCCAUGGUGUCGGGGAGCUUCAAACACGCUCUGGGGCAGUAUGUCCAGGCCUUCCAGACUCAACCCAACAACCCACUCUACAGUCUGUGUGUGGGUCUUACCUUCUUUCACAUGGCGUCUCAGAAGUAUGUUGCCAAGCGACAUACACUGGUUCUGCAGGGUUUUUCCUUCCUGUGGCGGUAUGUGGAGCUGCGUGGAGAGUGUCAGGAGAGCAUGUAUAACCUGGGCAGAGCGCUGCACCAGAUGGGCCUCACACAUUUGGCCAUUCAUUACUACCACAAGGCGCUUACGCUGCCUGCUCAAAAACUGGAGUGUAUCCCUGAAGAUCAGGUGGAUCUGCGGAGGGAGAUCGCCUUCAACCUCUCUCUGAUCUAUCAGAUAAGUGGAAACAUGGAGAUGGCCCACCAGCUCAUCAACACACAUUGCAUUGUUUGAAAAUGCACUCAAAUGCCUCAUCAUCUGUUCCAGUGUUGCAGCUUUUGAUUUUUUUUUAGACCCAGAUUCAACCCCUUGAAAGUUCUGCCUUGUUAAAAUAUAAAGGAUUAAAAAUUUCACAAAUUAGAAAAUACACAAAUAAAUGUUGAAAUAAAUACAGAAAUAUAAGUAAAACGUGAAAUUUAUAUAAAAAUACUUUAUGUUGGUAAUAAAUAAAGUAAAUGCUUUUAAUUUAUUUCUACAUUUAUCUAAUUUACAUUCAGAAAGUAUUUAGACCCAUUCACUUUUUUUAUAUUUUAUUAUGUUGCACCAUUAUACAAAAAUUGUUUGAAUGUUUUUUCACCUCAUUGGUCUGGACCAGAUACCCUGUGUCCUUUAUGUAUGUGUGUAUAU